AUUUGACAGGAAGUUAUGUUAUCUGUGUCACGUGAUAGCGAAUCUUUGCAGAACUUCAGUUCGAAGUUGACGAUGUCUGAAAUCACGUUAUUCUGGGGCUCUGGUAGCAUACCAUGUUGGCGAAUUAUGAUUACUUUAGAAGAAAAGGGGUUGAAUUACAACUCCAGAUUGAUGUCGUUCGAGAAGAAAGAACACAAGAGUGAAGAGAUUAUGAAGCUAAAUCCUCGUGGUCAACUGCCCACGAUGACAGUUGGUGACGAUGUGAUCAACGAGUCGUUCGCUGCUUGUGAAUACCUGGAGAUUGUCUACAAAGAUAAAGGCACCUGUUUGUACCCACCUGCAUCUUCUGCAAAGCAGCUAAGCUUGGUCCUUCAAAGAAUGCAUGAAACUUGUAAUAUUCAGCAGAAGAUGGUUACUAAUAUUAUUUACUAUCUGUGGGGUAACCCGAACCCGGACAAAGAGUUACUGACUAAACGGCACGAGGAGCUGGCUGCGGAACUGUGUCGCUGGGAAAACUACAUGAAGGAGCUGAAAUCGACCUUUCUCACCGGUGCUGAUAUGACCAUGGCAGAUGUAAUGUUUUUCCCAUAUAUUGCGUUCGGAGUUCGAUCUGGCCUGCAGCUGGGAGGUCGUUAUCCGUGUUUGGCAGCCUACUACAAUAUGAUGAAGGAGAGACCCAGUGUGAAGAAAUCUUGGCCACCACAUUGGAUAGACACUCCAAAUAACAAUGUUCUGGCUGAUGUCUAAAUAUAUUAGUUAUGUAUUAUUUUUGAUAGGACCCUGUUGUGACCACCCUAUAUAUUUUUCCCUCUUUCUCAAGGUUGUCACUGUAAAUCUGGUCCCUUUUUUCUUCUUUUCUUUUUCAAAAGGAUCACUAUAAAAAUCCUGCACAGCCAUUCACGCACUGAAAUCUUUUUUUAUACUGUUUAUGGAAGUGAUUCUAAUAUAGAUACCAAAAUAAAACCAUUUACACAACA